AUGCGUGGUGGUAAAAAUCUUCCGAAAUCAAUUGCAAAUUUUGACAGAAUAUCAAAAAUGAAUAAUUGUGAAAUAUUAAUACCCAAAGAUUGUAACCAAAUAUCUGUUGGGAACACCAAUAAAUAUUGCACUAUUACUCCCUCAAAGUAUUGGUCUAUGGAAAAGGGAGAUCCAUUGGCAUUCAUAUUAGAGUUUAACCAUAUUCACCUUCAAGAUAUCAAAUAUCCUUGUACUAUUUGGGUAAAGGAUAUGGCUACUACUCCAUGUAUUCAAACAAUUCAUUCAUUAGCCAACUUAUCCAUUGGAAUGAAAAAAUGGUCUUGGUUCAGAUGUAGAUGGACAAGCAUUGUUUAG